AUGGCCGAGCCCAUUCGUGGAAAGCGUGCUCAGGACGCCGUGGCUCCUACGCCUCAGAACACACCCGCAACUGCUGCUCCCAUCUCUUCCCACGCUCAACAGCCGGGCGUUGCUAGUAUCAAGGAGGAGGAUCUGGACCGUGCCGCCGCGGCUUCAGUUUUCGCCCAAAACCCCAAGCUUAUCCAGAUGAUUCAGGGUCGCCUCGGCUCCCUCGUGGGCCAAUCUUCGGGCUACAUCGAGUCCCUGCCCGCUCCCGUCCGCCGACGUGUCGCUGGUCUUAAGGGCAUCCAGAAGGAUCACUCCAAGCUCGAGGCUGAGUUCCAAGAAGAGGUUCUCCAGCUGGAGAAGAAGUAUUUCGCCAAGUUCUCUCCUCUCUACGAGAAGCGCUCCGCCAUUAUCAACGGAAAGACUGAGCCUACUGAGGAGGAGAUCAAGGCCGGUGAGGAGGACGAUGAGCCCGAGACUGAGGAUGCUGCCAAGUCUGAGCAGAAGUCCGAUGUCCCCGACAACGUUUCCGGUAUCCCCGAGUUCUGGCUCUCCGCCAUGAAGAACCAGAUCUCUCUCGCUGAGAUGAUCACUGACCGUGAUGAGGCUGCCCUCAAGCACCUCACCGACAUCCGCAUGGAGUACCUUGACAAGCCUGGUUUCCGUCUCAUCUUCGAGUUUGCCCCCAACGAUUUCUUCAAGAACACCACCAUUACCAAGACAUACUAUUACCAGAACGAGAGUGGCUACGGCGGUGACUUCAUUUACGACCACGCUGAGGGUGACAAGAUUGAGUGGUUGCCUGGCAAGGACUUGACUGUCCGAGUCGAGAGCAAGAAGCAGCGAAACAAGAACACAAAGCAGACCCGAAUUGUCAAGAAGACCGUUCCUACCGAGUCAUUCUUCAACUUCUUCUCGCCACCCAAGGCUCCCACCGAUGACGAUGACGAGGAUGCCGAGUCCGACAUCGAGGAGCGCCUCGAGCUCGACUACCAGCUCGGCGAGGACAUCAAGGAGAAGCUCAUUCCCCGCGCCAUCGACUGGUUCACCGGUGAGGCUCUGGCUUUCGAGGAGAUCUCGGACGAUGAGCUUGAUGGUGCCGAUUUCGACGACGAUGAUGACGAGGACGAGGAUGACCUGAGCGAGGAGAACGAUGACGAGGAGGAGUCUGACGACGACGAUGAGUCUGGCAAGCCUAAGCAGGAGGCUGCUGAGUGCAAACAGAGCUGA